CAUCAAGACGCUUUUGUCGGGCUUCCUAAAAACAUUGAACGAGCAGUGAUGAUAUUUGAUCUAAAGUAGCUGUUUUAAAAGCCAAACAGGCAGCUUAACAACCAUGUAAUGAUAUUUAUUGACAGGAAUCGUGUUAUUGGUGUGUUUUAGCACAUUAGCCGCUGGAAAAGCGAGCUGUUAGCAGUGAAAAUGAGCGAUGUUGUGGAGAAAACGCUGACAGCUCUGCCAAGUCUGCUCUCCUUAGACUCCCAGCCCGGCUCUGCUCGGCUGUCCACCAACUCUAAACUAGGAAACCUGAUCAGAGGAAUCACUGAACUCACAUCUAAACAUGAGGAAGAGAAACUUAUCCAGCGGGAGCUUUUGCUGAUUAAAGAACAAGUGUCUUCCCCUAACACCACUAUGAGGCAGAUGAAGGAGAUCAUGGUGAGAGCGAUCUACUGUGAAAUGUUGGGCUACGGCGUCUCCUUCAGCUAUAUUCAUGCCAUUAAACUGGCUCAGCAAGGGAAUGUUCUGGAGAAAAGAGUCGGUUUUUGCUUGAUUUAAUAACAUUUAAAGGGUCAUAAUGAGACUACAUGGAUGUUCCUGCAGGAUCUUCAGAGCACGAACCUGAUCGAAGUGUGCAUGGCUCUCACAGUGGUGAGCCAGAUGUUCCCCAAAGACAUGAUCCCUGCAAUCCUCCCGCUGGUGGAGGAGAAGCUUAAUCACCCAAAAGAAAUAAUUCGACGUAAAGCCGUUCUUGCUCUGUAUAAGUUCUACCUCAUAGCGCCCAAUCAAGUUCAGCACAUUCACAACAAGUUUCGAAAAGCUCUGUGCGACAAAGACCCAGGUGUGAUGUCGGCUUCUUUACACAUCUACCUGCAGCUCAUCCAGGAAAAUCCGGAAGGUUACAAAGAUCUAGCAGGUAGUUUUAUCACCAUACUGAAGCAGGUGGUGGGAGGAAAGCUGCCCAUGGAUUUUAACUAUCACAGUGUUCCCGCCCCAUGGCUUCAGAUCCACCUUCUCCGAAUUCUCUCCUUACUGGGUAAAAAUGACCGCAGCACCAGUGAAAUCAUGUAUGAAAUCCUUGACGAGUCUUUGCGAAGAGCAGAGAUGAACCACAACAUCACCUACGCUAUUUUAUACGAGUGUGUAAAAUGUAUUUAUACCAUUUAUCCCAAAACUGACCUGUUGGAAAAAGCUGCAAAGUGCAUUGGGAACUUUGUCAUGUCGCCAAAGAUUAAUCUAAAGUAUCUUGGUCUGAAAGCUCUCACCUACGUGGUCCAGCAGGACCCAAAGUUAGCCUUGCAGCAUCAGAUGACCAUCAUCGAGUGUCUUGAUCACCCGGACCUCAUUAUCAAGCGGGAGACGCUGGAGCUUCUGUUUCGAAUAACUAAUGACCAGAACGUCACAGUGAUUGUUGAGAAGAUGCUGGAGUUUCUGCGAAUCACUGAAGAUGAUCACACUACCAUUGACCUGGUGGGGAAGGUGGCAGAACUGGCUGAAAAAUAUGCACCAGAUAACAAAUGGUUUAUUGAGACCAUGAACACAGUGUUUUUACUGGGUGGAGACUUGCUGCAGCCGGACAUCCCAAACAGUUUCCUAAAACUGCUCUCAGAGGGAUUUGACAGUGUGGAAGAAGACGAGAAGUUGAGGCUGUUUGCUGUGAAUUCAUACGUCUCUUUGCUUCAAGAAGACUGCAGCAAACUGCCUCAGCGCUUCCUCCAAGUAAUCUGCUGGGUUCUGGGAGAAUUCUCUCGUCUACGGGAGGAUCUGGAGCCAGAGGUGGUUUUGAGGCUGCUCGCUAAACUGCUGGACAUGAGGAGCAGCAGCAGUGAAACGAAAUGCUGGGUCCUCAUGGCAAUGACCAAGCUCUGCCCCGGCGGAGCGACUUCGACUUUGCUUCAGGAAGUGUCUGAAACAUACAGCAGCUCCCUGGACACGGUGGUGAGACAAAGAGCUCAGGAGCUACAGAUCCUCAGCCAAGACUCUGAGCUGCAGGCCAGGGUGUUACCCCGCCGUGCCAACAUGGAGGCUGUGGAGGUGGAUUCUUCGCUUUCUUUUCUGGACGGAUUUGUGUCGGAGGCGUUGGCUGCAGGCGCGGCUCCUUACAAGCCUCCGCAUCAAAGGCAGGAGGAACUGUCUCGAUCCAAAGCUCUGAAUCUGGAGCCUUAUGGACUGUCGUUGCCAAUCAGCACGUCCUCCUGCAGCAUCACAGACAGACAGUCCCCCACGCUGUUGUCCAUUAGCUCUGGUCUCUCAGGAGACAGCAAUGAUUUCUCACACAAGGGCAGCUCUACAGCCUUGAAGCUGGAUGGUGUGAAGAGGCUGUGGGGCAGAGAUGGUUAUCUGGUCCAGAAAGAACCUGCAGAAAACCCCCCCCAGACUGAGGUGGCCAGCCCAGUGCGGACCGUCGACCAGCAGGCUAACACCAGCAGCUCAAACGGUCAAACUCCGACACCAAGCCCUGAAUGCGAUCCUGAGAAACAGCAGCUAGCUUCCUCGCUGUUCGUCGGUCUGGCCUCCCAGAGCUCCGUCUGUCUGAUGGGAAAGCCGGAGCCAACAUCCCAGCGUUUCAGAAGAAAACCCAAAGAAUCAGGAAGUACUGAGCGAAUAACGAACCCAGCCGUCCCGCCCUCUAACGGGGCCGAUAACCUGCUGUGUAAGAACCUGCUGGACUCCUCAGACCUGGACAUUUCCUCACCUGAAGAGACGCACAGACUCCCGGAGGACCUCCCUGCUCAGAACGGCUCCUGUUAUGCAGAAGACGAGUCAGCAGAAACGGAUCCUCCUCUCAUCAUUGAUGAACCUCCUCCGAACGGACACUCAGACGGCUCCAAAGACUCGUCCCUCGCCUCACAUCUUCCAGCAGAGCUUUCUGCGUUUCCUCGCUCUGAAAUCGUCCCCCUGCACUCCAACCGAAGCCUGGCUGUCUCCGCCUGCCACGUUCAGAAAGAGGAAGCGGUCUUGCUUGUCGUCUUUGUCUCCAACUGCUCAGAUUUUAUCCUUCAACAGAUGCGACUGCAGGUCACCUCUGAAGAACUAGAGGUAUCCUGCGUGUCUGAUGGUCCACCAGAGGAGAUGAAAAGCAACGAUGUAGCAGUUUAUCAGUAUUUGCUAACUGUAAAAAGACCCUCAGUUCACUUUGAUCUGUCUGCAACGGCAUGUUGGCAGCUGCCCGCAGACUCACCUCAGACGGCGCAGUUUUCGCACAAACUUCCUCUAACAAGCUUCAUCAGAGCUUUGAGGCUUUCCACGGAGGAGUACGGAGCCAUGUGGCUGGCCUACUCUCAAGACACAAAACAGAACCUGAGGCUGAUAAACGACGGUCAGGAUCCACUGGACGCUACUUUAAAUGUACUGAAGAGGAAACUCCACCUUCAUGUCGUGGAAGUUAUUGGUGCGGAAGGCAUCGUGGCGUGCUGCCUGCGGCAGGAUCAGCCGUGUCUCAUGCACUGUCGGGUGCAUGCCGGCAUGUUGGCCGUCUGGCUGCGCUCUCCCGUCCCCGAGCUGCCCGACUGCCUCCUCUACCACUGUCAGAGGGCUCUGCAGGAGCUCUGAGGUCCUCUGCUGCCUCCGCACAGCGGCAGGACACACUGACACCAGCAGCUCUCAUUUCUCUGACUGUUGUUUCAUUUAGUCUCCAGUGGUUUGAAAUGAAGGGACGUCACGGCAGGCAAUAAGCUCAGGGUUUCCAUGUGGGUUUUAAAUGACACUAUUGUCUUAAAAAGGUCAUUAAAAAGAACUACUUUGGUGAUUUUUUCCCCUUUUAUCAGUGAGUUAAAUCCAAACCUGCACUUUUAUGUCCUUUUAAAGAUUAUUUUAAUAGUAUUGAACAAAACAUUCAUUUUCUUUCCAUUGGUUUGCUUCAUGAUUCAUAAAACAGCCUUUAUUUAUGUGGUUAUAGUUUUGACUUAAAGUUUGUUCUUAAAUAAUCUGCAGAGAAGCAUAAAGAGGUUUUUUUCCUUUUGUAAGACAUAUUUUCAUCAAUGAUAGAAAAAUAUGUUGGACACAAUUUCUCCCAUCAGUCCCCUAAAUUUAAAUUAUGCCAGUCGUAUAUUUGGUGCUCCUAGUUUUAGUGUUUUAGAGGGAAAGGUUAAGAAAGUGUAAAUUUAAAGGCAGUCUACAUUGAUUUUUUUGCUUUAUUCUUCAAUAACAUUUUUGAUAUUAAUGUACUAUCUCUAAAGAUAUAUUUAUUUUUCUCCCCAAACUGCUCAAAUUGGUCAAAAUACACAAAAAGAAACAAUAAUUUUGUUUUUGUUAUUGAAAAUUAACAUUAUUACUUUGUGGUGGUGAUCUCUGAAGCACAACAGCAAAGCUCACAUUAAUACGUUUGUCUUUAUAACAAUAAUUUGCUUUUCAUGUGAGAUUAUUAUCUUUCAUUUAUUUCUGUUGGUCAUCCUAAAACGUUAAAUCCAGUUGUCUUU